AUGGAGUCCUCCUCCGAUCGACAAAGCACUGCGGCCAAGCAGCCCAGACUGCCCCCGGAGCUGCUUCACCAUGUGGUUGAGUCCGUGCUGCCCUCGAAUACGCGGGCCCUGAUCCCUACAACACACCCUUCUACCAAAACGCUGCUCGCCUUGACAAGGGUCUCGCGCGUCACCUAUCUCGUCGCGUCGAAGCUCCUUCGGCAGCGAUGUCUCUACAUCGACUCCAGCCGGCGGCUGAGUGACAUGCUACUAUGCAUGGACCGGUUCGUGCCACGGCUCCCCCCAACGCUGUCGCUGCGAUGCAUCACGUCGCUCUACCUGGCGCCCUUCCCCGCAUCGUCGCUCGACGACCAGCCCACGGCCAUCUGGGUGCGGGAGCUGUUCUGCGAGGUCUGCGAGACGCUGCGGCGGCUGGUGGUCGACAUGCCGUUCGACACCCUCGACCCCCUGGACGACCACCUCAACGUGAGGCGCACGCUGCGUGAGGGGUUCGAGCAGCUCGGCAGGCUGGAGGAGUUUGUGUGCCUGGGCCAGUACCCGGCCCUGAGCGUGCCGGACGCGCACACGGACGUGUGGAGGCUCUGGCCGGACCUCAGGCGGCUGGUGCUGUUCAACGUGCCCGCCGACAGCCACUGGCUGUGGUGGGACGUCGCCACGCUUCCCAGGCUGGUGCACGUCGUGCUGGCGAGGCCGCGGCGGCUGGGGGCGGUCAACAUCAAGGACGAGUACUUCCACAAGCUGCCCCGGGACGACGCCCGGCUGGAGCGGGAGAUCAAGAUCGUGCUCAUGGACACGGCCGAGGACCUGCCCACCGUGACGUGCGCGAGGUGGGAGGAGAUUGAUCCCAGGGGGAGUAUGACGGUCGAGCAGAUCCAUGUGCCGACGUCGUUCUACGGGGAUGAGACGGCGAGCGCGCUCGUGACGGCCUGGGUGCGGCGAGGAGCCUUGGAGGGGACGCUAUGGGAUUGGUCUGGGGAGCAGAUUGGCAAGGCACCGGCGCGUUCGGCGCCUGCCUCGGCGUGA